AUGGUCAAGCGAAAGCCCAAGUCUGCACAGCCUCGGACCAACGACGGCCAAGAGACUGGUUCGGCCAAUACGUACACGAACCCUAGAGCGACUUUACAACGAAUCAGUCGCUCGAACAGUCUGUCGGCCUACGAGUCUGCAAUGCAGGACCAGGCAUCGCUCGAUGGAUCAGGCACGUUUCCAUUCGCCGAAGAGGAGCACCUCUUGCCGCCCUCCGUCGCAUUGAACGCACCUUUCGACUCGGAGACCUUGCAGAGUCAGUUCUUGGCCAAUGCAGACUAUGGCCAUGAGCCCGCCUCGUCAGCGCAGCCUGCCGAUGAGUAUCUGCGUUCAGCUGAGCAGCAGCCGGCGCAGCAGCAGCAGACGGUCAGCACAGCAGCCGAGGCACCUCAGCCUCGCCUCGUCAACGCCAAGCAAUUCAAUCGCAUCGUCAAGCGAAGAGAAACCCGUCAGCGACUGCAAGCACUUGGCAGAGUAGCGCAAGAACGAAACCAAAAGUACAUGUACGAGUCUCGACACAAGCAUGCCAUGCGUAGAGCUCGAGGGCCUGGCGGUCGAUUCCUCACCAUCGAAGAACGACGAGCACAAGAAGCACAAGAUGCCCUUGCGCAUGAGUUGCUGGACGAUACGAUGGAGUGA